AGCCUAGUGUUUGUUAGUAGGGCUGGUGGAGCAGCAGCAGACAGUAGUAGUGUUGGGAACUGAGCAGGGCGGGCAGGAGUUGAGUAGGGCGGCCAGCCCAAGCAGAGCCGCCGCCAACACCACCAUCGCAGCAAGCGCCAGGAGGUGGAUCCUAGGGCAUGGCGUAGCUCCCCCCCAGGAGGAGAAGAUGGGAGGGAGCCUAGGGACGUGACCCGCCCAGCUCGGGGAAAGCGCCCGCCCUCCUUCCUCGCGCUCUCUCGCUCGCCCUCCCUGAGCCAGUGGGAGCCCCCGAGCGAGGGGGGGGGGCACUGCGUGAUGCGCCAUGGCUUCCGUGAAAGUGGCUGUCCGAGUCAGGCCCAUAAACCGCAGGGAGAAGGAUCUGGAUUCUAAAUUUAUUAUUUCAAUGGAGAAAAAUAAAACAACAAUUACAAAUAUAAAGAUUCCUGAGGGAGGAAGUGGAGACAUGGGACGAGAACGGACUAAAACAUUUACAUAUGAUUUCUCCUACUUCUCAGCUGAUGCUAAAAGUACAAACUAUACAUCUCAGGAAAUGGUCUUCAAGAACCUUGGCACUGAUGUCCUCAAAUCUGCUUUUGAAGGUUAUAAUGCUUGUAUUUUUGCAUAUGGACAAACUGGAUCUGGGAAGUCUUACACUAUGAUGGGAAACACUGGGGAUGCUGGUUUAAUACCUCGGAUUUGUGAAGGGCUAUUCAACCGAAUAAAUGAGAAAACAAGAUGGAAUGAAGCCUCUUUUCGAACAGAGGUCAGUUACCUGGAGAUUUACAAUGAACGUGUCAGAGACUUACUGAGGCGCAAGUCUUCAAAAACAAAUAACUUAAGAAUUCGUGAACAUCCAAAAGAAGGCCCUUACGUUGAAGACUUGUCUAAACACCUGGUACAAAAUUAUAGUGAUGUAGAAGAACUUAUGGAUGCAGGAAACAUAAACCGGACCACUGCCGCAACUGGGAUGAAUGAUGUCAGCAGUAGAUCCCAUGCCAUUUUCACAAUCAACUUCACUCAGGCCAAGUUUGAUGCUGAAAUGCCAUGUGAGACUGUUAGCAAAAUACACUUGGUAGACCUUGCUGGCAGUGAGAGAGCAGAUGCCACUGGUGCUACAGGCGUCAGACUGAAAGAAGGAGGAAAUAUUAACAAAUCCCUGGUUACUCUGGGAAAUGUAAUUUCUGCCUUAGCCGACUUAUCUCAGGAUGCCUCAAACCCACUUACAAAGAAGAAACAAGUAUUUGUGCCUUACAGGGACUCUGUUUUGACUUGGCUCUUGAAAGACAGCUUAGGAGGAAACUCUAAAACAAUAAUGAUUGCAACUAUUUCACCUGCUGAUGUUAAUUAUGGAGAAACCUUAAGCACCCUUCGCUAUGCAAACCGAGCUAAAAACAUAAUCAACAAGCCUACCAUUAAUGAGGAUCCAAACGUCAAGCUAAUUCGUGAGCUUCGAGCUGAAAUAGCUCGACUGAAAACCCUGCUUGCUCAGGGGAAUCAGAUAGCACUUCUGGAUUCUCCAACUGCUCUAAGUAUGGAAGAAAAACUUCAGCAGAAUGAAGCAAGAGUGCAAGAGCUUACCAAAGAGUGGACCAACAAGUGGAAUGAAACUCAAAAUAUUCUAAAAGAACAAACCUUAGCUCUGAGGAAAGAAGGAAUUGGUGUUGUGUUAGAUUCGGAGCUUCCUCACCUAAUAGGCAUUGAUGAUGAUCUUCUGAGUACGGGUAUCAUCUUGUAUCACUUGAAGGAAGGUCAGACACAUGUUGGCAGAGAAGAUGCUAUGACCGAACAAGAUAUUGUACUUCACGGCCUUGAUUUGGAAAGUGAACACUGCAUCUUUGAACAUUUCAAUGGAACAGUUAAUUUAAUACCGCUUAGUGGAGCACAGUGUUCUGUAAAUGGAAUUCAGAUCACAGAGGCCACACAACUCAACCAAGGUGCCGUUAUAUUACUUGGAAGAACAAAUAUGUUUCGUUUCAAUCAUCCUAAGGAAGCAGCAAAACUGAGAGAAAAAAGAAAGAGUGGACUGCUUUCUUCCUUCAGUUUAUCAAUGUCUGAUCUUUCAAAGUCUUGUGAAAACCUCUCGGCAGUCAUGCUGUAUAAUCCAGGUCUUUUCCCUAUAAAAGGACCAAUCUGUCUAAGAUUAGAGUUUGAGAGACAGCAACGAGAAGAACUAGAAAAACUAGAAAGUAAAAGAAAGCUGAUAGAAGAAAUGGAGGAAAAACAAAAAUCAGACAAAGCUGAAAUUGAAAGGAUGCAACAAGAGGUGGAGUCACAGCGCAAGGAAACUGAAAUAGUUCAGCUGCAAAUUCAAAAACAAGAGGAGAAUCUUAAAAAGAGAUGUUUUCAUAUAGAAAGCAGGAUGAAGGACUUGCUGGCAGAAAAGGAAAAAUUUGAAGAAGAGAGACUACGCGAACAGCAAGAAAUAGAACUUCAAAAAAAGAAACAGCAAGAAGAAAUUUUUGAUAGAGUUAAAGAAGAAAUGCAGCGGUUACAAGAGCUCAGUGAAAAUGAAAAGGCAGAGAAAAUGCAGAUUUUCCGAGCACUGGAAAAGCUUAAAAAGGAAAAAGAGGAACAGUAUAUCAAGCUAGAAUUGGAGAAAAAGAGGUUGGAUGAACAGGAGAGAGAUCAAGUAAUGCUGGUAGCACAUUUAGAAGAGCAGCUUAGAGACAAACAGGUCAUGAUACAGUUGCUCAAAAGGGGAGACAUGCAACGGGUUGAAGAAGAGAAGAAGGACCUUGAAGACAUCAAAGAGUCUCUCUUGCGACUCAAAGAAGCCAAGUCUGAAGGUGAUGAAAACGGUGAAGAGUUAGAAAAGGCACAGCAAAAUUUCAUAGAUUUCAAGAAGAAACAGGUAGAACAGCUAAUUAGUUUAGAGAGAGAGUUGGUUCAACAAAGGGAUCAUCUAGAAAAGGAAGUAGCUGAUGAGCAUGAACAUCUGGAUCGUUUAAGGCACACACAGUAUUUGAAUCUUGAGAGAAAUGAUGAGAACACCUCUGAUGUUGCCCUAGGUGUUGAAGAAUGUAACAAAAUAAAAUCGAGUGAAUACAGACUGCAGCAUAAAGAACGGCAACUUCAAUACCUGUUGAAUAAUCAUUUGCCAGCUUUAUUGGAAGAAAAGCAAAGAGCUUCUGAGGUACUUGACAGAGGCCUGCAAAGCUUAGACAAUACUCUUUAUGAAGUUGAGAAAGAAAUGGAAGAAAAAGAAGAACAGCUUGUACAGUACAGGGACAGUGCCAGCCAACUCCAGCAGCUUCAAGAAACAUUUGAAUUCACUGCCAAUGUAGCUCGUCAAGAAGAAAAGGUCCGGAAAAAGGAAAAAGAAAUUCUUGAAUCAAGACAAAAACAGCAGCGAGAGGCACUGGAACAAGCGGUAGCUAAGUUGGAAAGGCGGCACUCCGCUUUGCAGCGCCGUUCCACCAUAGAUCUAGAAAUUGAAGAGCAGAAACAGAAACUUGCAAAUUUGAACAGCAGUUCCUGUGAACAGGCAGGCCUACAAGCUACUCUAGAGGCAGAACAAAAAGCCUUAGAACAAGACCGAGAACGAUUGGACUUGCAAAUACAGCAGCUAAAGCAGAAGAUAUACGAUGGAGUUGAGAAAGGGUGCCUUGGAUCCAUAGAAGAGAAGGUAUCUCAUAGUGGUUCACCUUCUAAUGCUACAAAAUCUCAGGCUCACUUUAUUCCACUGGUUGACGACAGAAUAAAUGCCUUUAUUGAAGAAGAAGUUCAAAGACGUCUUCAAAAUAUUCACUAUAUUUCUGGAGAGAACAAUAAUAGUUUGUUGCAAUCUACAGAAUUUAUAAAGGAUAAUGAGAAGUUUCAUAAUGGUACUGUUCAGCGCAAGUUGAAGUAUGAGCGAAUGAUCUGUCGCUCUGUUAAAGCAAAGCCAGAUGACCUAAAGAAUCCAAUUAAAAUUAGUAUUCCACGCUAUGUCCUUUGUGGGCAAGGAAAGGAUGAGCACUAUGAAUAUGAAAUAAAGAUAACAGUCCUGGAUGAGACGUGGACGGUAUUCAGGCGGUAUAGUCGAUUUCGGGAAAUGCAUCAAACAUUAAAAUUAAAAUAUCCAGAGCCAUGCAGUCUGACUAUCCCUGCCACUGGUGCCUCACUCUGGAUGUCGUUGCCACUUGCGUGUGCCUCCUGCUUGACUGCUUCCUUGUGCGUCUGCCUCCUGUUUCCUCUGCUUCCACCCACCCACCACUAUCACUGCUUGCCGAAGCAGGAAGAGCUGGCAAACCGCGGGGCAGGAAGCAGGCAGAAGCUGGCUACUUUAGAAUUCCCUCCAAAGAAGCUCUUUGGAAACAAGGAUGAACGAGUCAUUGCAGAGCGUCGGACUCGUUUAGAGAAAUACCUCAGAAGUUUCUUUGGUGCAAUGCUCAACUCUCCAUCAUCCCCACUGCACAUAAAUAAAGAGGACAUGAGUCUGUCGAAACACGUGAUCUGUGAGUUCUCAUCGUUCUUCAAGAAAGGUGUAUUUGACUACAGCAGCCAUGGCACUGGUUAAUUGCUUGGACUCGAGUUCCUAUUUGUUGAAGAACGAACUCAUAGCCUUGUCUUCCACGCUGUCCGCAAAAAAUAUAACGGAUUGUUUUGCAUCCCUGGAAAAUGUCCAUCAGAAACACUGGCUGUUGAAAAGAGAUACGGUACUGCUGACUGCAGCCUUUUAACAGCUCUUCUGUCUAAUCCCGGCUCCAUUUUCUGGCAUGGAAUAUAGAAACAGUUUGCUACUGUAAAGAUACAAAUUUCUCAUCCUGUUUGGAUCCACUCUUCAAGCGAAGUUCUUCCUUGCGCAUGUUCUCAGGCAAUUUGUUACAGCCUCCCAUGACUAUUUCCAAGUUAGUUUGAUUGUACUGUCAGCAGGCAGACAAGCUUAUUCUUAAGCAAGUUUCUUGUCUGGGUGUGUGUUUGGGGUUUUAGUUUAGUUGUUUUUUAGUUUUCUAUUCCAGUUUUGUGACAUUGGAUCCAUUCCUUUUUUCAUCCCACAAACUGCACUUUAUAUAUUUGAUCAUAUCAUGUUCAUCUUCCACAUAUUACCUUAAAUUUGAAUGUUUACAAGAUAUAUACCGCAGACAACCUGAAGUCUCUCAGGUCUUCUGCACCUGAUUAUACUGAUGUAGAGUGAAUCACUUGCAAUUAAUUUAAAAGAAAAGAAAGCUAUAGCUAUUGAAAAAAGAAAUCUGCUUCUUUUCACAUUUUCUAAUUACAUGGAUUGUAACUGUAUAUAAUGUAACAUACAGUGCUUAUGCCUAGUUAUAAAAGCAAAAGGAAUCUUACUUUUUUAAACUUUGUGUUUUCCAUAAAAGUGUAAUGCUAUCCUAUUAACUGAUCCUUGGCUGCAAAAAUAAUUACAGAUAUUUUAAUGUGCUUUAAAACUUACUCAGGGCUUAUUUAGAGUUGCACAUGUAUAGAGGCAGCAUUGUCCAUUUUGUAAAGAACAAAUGGGAGGAAAAACCUAAUUAUUGUGACCUACAAUGGAGGCAUGUACAUCUAUACAUAAUAAAAAUAAAAGAGCAAAAACCAUUA